CCCCAGACCAAGAUACCAGCCACACUACCCGCUCCCGCACACUCAAGUCCAGCCACAGCCCAAGCCACUCUAGGGGUAGGGGUAGUACACACUUACCUUACGCUAAUUUGACGCGUUACCAACACGCUCUCUUGAUUUAAGGACACGCGACCGGAACGCGUUUCUGCCCAGGCUAAACCAGGGCCUUCAAGCAAUUUGACAAUCAUUGGCCCGCAAGUGCUUGCUCAGUUCAACCUCUCAACAACCACAUCUCCACCUCCCGAUUUGUAUCUGAACUUGCAACUCGCGGUCGGGCUUCUAGAGAAAUCAUUUUCAACAUCUUUUCUCCCACUGAUCAGUUCAACAUCGAGCGUAUACCCGGCAUUCUUCACCGCUGGCCAUGAUUUGAACCUUGCACUUUUCACCCGUCUUUCUUUCUUCUUACCUAUUCGACUACAUACCAUUCUGCUGUAAUUAGCAUCUUGGACCGACCGGGUGAUCCCGAACCGCCUACUGAUCGAGAGAGAGAGAGAAAGCCAUUCGAAGGCAUUGGACUCCAGCAUUACCGAUAAAAUGAAGUCCACCACCCAGGAUCCGAGCAAGGAUCCCAAGCCGACCGCGUCUGUGAACAAGAAGAGGACUCUGAUGGACUUUUUGGAGUCGGAGAGACCCAAGCCAAAGCCUUGCACCGGAAGUGACAAGGAGAACGAUAACGACAGCCCCGCGAAGAAGAAGAUCAAAUCACCCAAGACCACCAAUGAUGAUUCGGUGGCCAACGAUGACGAUCUCGACUCUCCUCCGAGCUCGCCCCCGCUCAUACCUCCCGGCUUGACAGCAUCUGGGAGCAGCCCGCCCGACCGGGAGACAACAGCUCCUAAUACGCCCUCCCGCCCCCCACCAGUCAUCUUGACCAAGGCGCCAGCCGAUGGGCCGUCCACUGCUAGCACCGAUCCCACGCAGAAAACCGGCGAAAAGAGGAAGCGUACCGUUCUGAGUGCUGAAGAGAAGGCGGCCAAGAGGGCGGAGGAGGAGGCCAAGAAGGCGGAGAGGGAAGCUGCCAAGCAGAAGAAGGCUGAGGAAGCUGCCAAGGCCGAGGAACUGAAGCGCCAGAAGCAGGCGGAGAAGGAGGCAAAGAAGCGGGAGAAGGAAGAUGAGCUAGCCAAGAAGAAGCAGGAGAAGGAGGAGAAGGAGAGGAAGAAGCGGGAGAAGGAGGAGGAGGCGGCCAAGAAGGCUCGCAGCCAAGCGACUCUUACCAGCAUGUUCGGCUUGAAGUCCAGCACAUCCAAGAAGGACCAGCCAGCCGUCAAAUCUCAGAGCGGUGAUGCGACGACCUCGACAGAGACACCCACCAAGACUCAAGCCAACGGACAGUCUGCUUAUCAACGAAUGUUCAAGGACUUCUAUCUCAAGGAGCAUGUCAAGCUGGCGCCAGCGCCAGUCCAGAUGGAUGAGGAGACUCGGGAGGUGCAGACUAAGAUUCUUGACGAGUACAUCAACGGCACUCGGACGCACACCCCUUCCUCUCGCUUCAAUGCCAUGGAGGUUCUUGAGCUUCCGUUCAAGGUCAAACGUGGCCGCACUUUCCCAAGCGUCAAGAAGAUCAUGGCUGAAGUCUCAUCAUCUGAUUCUCGGACUUCUCAGCAAGCUAACCACCUGCAGGAGCUCCUGAAUCAGGUUCCAGUCAUCUCCAUCAAGUUCUCCGAGGAUGUGCGGCCGCCCUAUAUUGGGACCAUCAGCGACUACCCCAAUGGUCUUGGUGCUCUCAAGAAGCUCGCCAGGCGCCCAAUCCGGACAGACAUCCUCCCUCUGGCCUAUGACUACGAUUCUGAGGCUGAGUGGCAGGAAGAGGAUGGCGAAGACAUUGAGUCCUUGGAUGAUGAAGAUGAUGAAGACGAGGAUGAGGACAUGGCGGAUUUCCUCGACGAUGAGAAUGACGUGGGGCCCUCACGGAUGGUGUUUUCUGGGGGGAUGGAGCCUGAGAGCAGCGGACUGUGCUGGGAAAACCGCAAGCGUGGCACAUCUGAGCCGAAGAUGUACAAGUUGAGGAUGGAGUUUAUUCUUGACAAACUUGAACAUCACCACAGCGUCGACCCCUUCUCCGCCGCCUACUGGGAGACCUACAAGCCGGCCAAAUCUGAGACAAGCAACCAGAAGUCGAGCGCAGCUGCGAAGGCGACAAAAUCGUCAUCCGGUUCGGAUUCGAGUCCAAAGACCAAAAAGCAGUCUGCUACACAGGCCUCUUGUACCACGCCCACAGAUGCGUUCCAGGCUCUUAAUGCUGGAACGCGCAAGAAGAAAUCUGACCAGCCACUGUCCCCCGAUCUGCAGGAGAAGCUCAAGGCUCUGGUCAGAGAGAGGCCCACGCUGAGCAAGGUGGGAGUGAUUGAGCUCUUUAUGGACAACAAUGCCAAUUGCAGUAAGAAACAGAUCCAGAACGCCUAUUCUGAGUUGAUUGUCAGGGUUGGCAGGGAGCACAAGGUGAAGGGGGAGUAGUAGACUUUGGUCUCAAGCAUCUUUUCCAUCUCGGCGGUACAUGCAUCAGACGUACAUGGAGUUUGGGUUGGGUCAGGUCGAUAUCGCAUAACAGGGGGGGGGUUUGGCGUUUUUGGGGAGGAUAUUCUGCAUUCUUCAUAGUCAUUUGGGGCGUGGUAUUCUGGAGGGACUAUCAUCACGGUCACAGGGCGAAAAGAACCACAUUUUGACCUUGACAACUGGGUCAAAAUCAGGUUUGCAUCUGCAUUCAUUUUUCAACGGAAGAUUAAAGGGGACGAGGGGUUGUCUAGUCUAAUCUGUCGGUUCCUUUAUUCUUGUUACCGCGACAUAACAGGGAGUUGGCCCUUUUUGACAGAUUGAAGAUGACUGGACAAGAUGAAAGGAGGGAUGGGGAUUUAAGAGGCUUGAGGAUGGAGUGAAAUUUUUUCUCUUGUUGUUGUCUGAGAGGUUCAAGAUUUGGAGGCUCUCAUAGCUACUGUAUUAUGUUCAUUAAAGGCGGCGCAUAGGGCGGGGGGACAAAAUUAGGGUUGGGGGUUUAAUGGUUUGGCGUUUAAUAUGCCCUCUUUUCUCCUGGUUUUCACAGCGAAAC